AUGACAGACUUCCGCGAGCACACUGCUAUUUGCACGUCCGACAUCCGCUUCAACCACAUCCAAGUCAUCGGCACGCACAACUCGUACCACCGCGAGAUAUCUUUAGCCUGGCGCAACCUCUUUGAAAACACCACGGCCUCUGUGGAGCAGUUUCCUUCCCCCCAAAAUCUAUACUAUUCUCACGCCGAGCUACACAAGCAACUAGAAUACCAAUCCGUCCGCUCCUUCCAACUGGACCUGCAUUCUGACGAAAAAGGCGGUCUAUAUUAUCCUCCCUUGAUCUGGAAAUGCGCGAAAGACGCGAACCUCACCACGACGCCAUUCGACGGCGAGAUUCUCAAGAAGCCGGGGAUCAAAGUCUUCCACAUAACGGAUGUCGAUAUGGACGCCGUUUGCCAUACCUUUAUCGAGUGUCUCCAGCAGAUCAAAACCUGGUCAGAUAACCACCGCCGCCAUGUCCCUAUCACCAUCGACCUAGAACUGAAAGCCGACGUCCUCCCGCGAAAGUUUGGUGGUAUUCCCCCAGGCGAAGCUACAAACUGGACCUUACCACGCAUCCUCAACGUUGACGCAGAAAUACUCUCCGUGUUCCCGCGCGAGCAGCUCAUCCGCCCAGACGACGUGCGAAAGCCAGGCCUCACUCUCGAACAAUCCAUCUUGACGCACGGCUGGCCCAGUCUAGACUCUGUCCGCGGCCGCAUCCUCUUCUUCUUCGACAACGAUCCCAACCGGACUGACCCGAAUUCGCCCCGCGAACUCUACACCGCGGAUGCACCCAGCCUAGAGAAUCGCACCGUGUUCACGAACGCGCGUGAAGGCUCAGGAGAUGCUGCAUUUAUCAAGUACAACGAGCCGCGGAAUGCCAACAACACGGCGGAAAUUCAGCGUCUGGUGCGCAAAGGUUACCUCGUGCGUACGCGCGCUGAUGCACCGGUUGCCACGGUGCUAAACCGCAGUAUUGAGAUGAGAGAUGCUGCGUUGGCGAGCGGCGCCCAGAUCGUGAGUACAGAUUACCCUGCUUGGGGCAUGAGUUCGAGGUGGGGAUGGGAUUAUGUGGCGAGUCUGCCUAGGGGGAGACCUGCCAGGUGUAAUCCGUUGAUUGCCCCGAAGUCGUGUAGGGAUGAGGAAUUAGGGUAG